GAAACGGCUUUGUGGAUCUGUAGUUCCGGUUUGACAAAUUUACUAGCUGAUUUCUAACGAAAUGUUAUACGCACAUGCGGAUGUGGAAGAGUCAAAUAGCUAAAACGUUGCUGUGUGUAGAUGAUACGUCUAAUAAGGUACUAAAAACAUGGCAGCGCCGUCAACCUGGGUAUAAUCUGAAAUUACUCUAGCAUGGAGGGCUUCCCAUUCCCUGUAGCUGGAAAUCCAUCUGAGGAAAGUUCAGGAAAAGAGCAGGGAGCCGGCAGAGGGACGAAAGAGAAGCCUUGCAGAGCGUGCUCAGACUUUAAAUCAUGGAUGAAGUCUCAGAAGAAACAGGCGUCUACAGUCACACCACAGGAGACACGGGUAGCUGAGGAGAGUGAGAAACUUGUGGAGUGUCCCCUGGACAGAGAGGAACUGGGGAGGAGUUCCUGGUCUUUUCUCCACACUAUGGCAGCGUAUUACCCUGAUACACCAACCAAAACACAACAAGAAGACAUGACUCAAUUCAUCAACCUGUUUUCGAAAUUCUUCCCAUGUGAAGAAUGUGCUGAGGACCUAAGAGCCAGAUUGAAAACCAACCAACCAAACACCAGCAGCCGUCACCAUCUCUCACAAUGGCUUUGUCAUCUCCAUAAUGGCAUCAAUGUCCGGUUAGGAAAGCCAGAGUUCGACUGCAGCAAAGUGGACGAGAGGUGGAGAGAUGGCUGGAAAGACGGCUCUUGUGAUUGACGGCUCUUGUGAAGCCCAAGCCAAAUCAAUUCACAGAAGAAAAUAAAACAGACCUAUAACUUUCCUUGAUCUUUCAGGCUUUGGUUGUAAUAAUUGUGACUUACUGUGUGUAGUGUGUCAUAUAGAAACAUGUUAUACAUGAUGAAUAAUGUACUGCUGUUUCACCUAAUAUAUGAUCAUUCAUAUUUUAUUAUUGUACCAUGUCUGUUUCUAAUUCAAAGCCUGCUGGAUAGUUAGUGUGUGCAUUGUUGAUUUGUAAAAGGGGUAAUGAUGUUAAUAAACCUAAACAUGCCAUUACUACAGCUUCUGCAAGGUAACAGUUGGCAAUAAAGGAAAUGCACUGCGAGUCA